UUUGAACAUAAAUAAGAGCUACAUUCAGCACUUUCUUCCUCAGCAGAGUUUGGAAAGGUCAGAGAGAGUGCAAUCUAAUCGGCAGCUCUCUGACAACAAAGAUCACAGAAGAUGGAUUUUUAAAACCCCCCUUUUUAUAGUGUCUUGUGUAAUCUGGCGAAGUUAUUAUGCAGAAUUCUGCAAGUUGUUUUCUCAAACCUAAAUAAGAUCAAUUUAAGCCCCUGUCCUGGUUGCUGUGCGCUUGCUAACUUGGCUUAACCCUUUGUCGUCUUAAUCGCGCUUGACUGGAUCUUAUUUUCAACAAUCAUCCGACGAUCCGCGUCCCUUCAGAGAUGGAUUUUGAUAUUGCUCCAGGCGACAUCAGCCCUGUAAAUGAUCCGUUCAGCGCCGGGCCCGAUGCAGUCCUCAGACCUCCGCUGCUCUCCUUACCGGAGAUCGGGGCGAGGGGCUCCCCCUGCGUGAACCUGUCCUCCCCCGGACCCAUGGCAGUGCUGUCUCCUGUGACCAACCUGGCUCUAAACCUGAAUAAUCUCGCUGUUCUUGGAGGUCAAUGUGAGACACCAAAGCGGAAGAAAACCUUGCCCCUCCUGAAGAUCCCUUCCUUCGCCUCUGAUGCUUCUUCAGAUGCAGGUCUUGGACUAGAGUCUCCCAGCCCUUUGGAUGCUCUGGAUGCUGAGCAGAAGUUUGAGAAGGCCAUGCAGGAUGCCACACGAGCAGUUAAUGAAAAAAUGCCCAUUCGCAGGAUACACUCUUUGCCACUGCAAUUUUUGGGUCACAGUCCCAAUUUGAGAAAUAAAGAACAAGAUCCCUCGCGCUAUGGAGUGUGGACUCGUGCAAAUGGCAGCGACAACAAAGAGAACCUGGCUGAGGAGAAUUUUGAGUUCAAGAAGCCUUCCAUGCCAGCAUCACACUGUCGUACGCGGUCCACUGGAGGUACCAAGGAUGCUUUUGCCUGCCGACCCAACUCUGCUCCUGCUUUAAUGCUUUCCCCACCUUCAUCCCAUCAGCCCGACUCUUCAGACGAGAGCAGUCCCUUCAUAUUGCGCCGCCCCUCGCUCUCCUGUCUCCACGAUGAUGAUGAUGAUGAUGGCUUCUUAGAGGGGCUGGAUGAUGUGGAGAACGACUCUGAGGUUCCUUUUGGAAUGGACAGUCUUCUCACAGCUCCUCUGGUGGCUAAACAAAGUACUGACAGUAAUUAUUCGCCUGUUGUUCGCUGCCGUCCACGUGGGUUGUUCCGAUCUCCCUCUAUGCCGAACCCCGGAGGGCGUAUCCCACUAAAGAGAUCUGAGAGGCCACAGGAUGAGAACACACCUGUCAGAGUGAAGAGGAGGCGGAGCCUGGCAGGGACACAAGUUGCACCCACAGAACAGGAGGAUGUUAUGCCUCAUCAGGUUCAAAGGUCAAAGUCAUUUAGUCACACACAGAUUGAAAGAAUGUUGGAUACAGAUCCCAGUAAUGUGACUGGAGAUUUCACGAAGGCUCCUGCGCUACCCACAGUUGAAGGAAAACACCAAGAGUUGAAAUACAUCACUCCAGAUAUUAUGGUUAAAGCAAUGAACGGCCAGUACAGCGAUCUGGUGGAGAGGCUCUUUGUCAUCGACUGCCGUUAUCCGUAUGAGUAUGAGGGCGGUCAUAUUAAGGGUGCCCUCAACCUCCAUCAAGAGGAUCAAAUUGAAGACUACUUUUUAAAGAGUCCUAUUCUUCCAGAAUGUCCCAAGAAGCGUGUCCUGCUGGUUUUCCACUGUGAAUUUUCAUCUGAACGUGGCCCACGGAUGUGUCGCUAUGUUCGACAAAGAGAUCGGUUUUUAAAUGAGUACCCCAACCUCCAUUACCCUGAACUCUAUAUCCUGAAGGGAGGCUACAAAGACUUUUUCCCGCUUCACAAGUCGGUCUGUGAACCACAGGCUUACAGGCCGAUGCAUCAUGAAGACUUUAAAGAAGACCUGAGGAAGUUCCGCCUUAAGAGCCGCACCUGGGCUGGAGAACGCAGCAAGAGAGACAUGUACAGCCGUCUCAAAAAUCUUUGAGCCUCAUGUUCUCCCAUUCCCUCAGCAUUGUACUGCCUUUACUCUCUCAUAUGCUGCCCUCACACAUGAGACUUGGCAGAGACCUGAAGAUGUGUGUUUGGUGGGAACAGUUAUUGGUUUACAGGGUUUGGUAUUUCUUUAGUACUAUGUCAAACGAGGUUGAGAGGCUAUUACGUGUCUCUGCCUGUUUUAACUUUUAAACCGUCAUUAUUCACCCUGAUCUCUCUUGAGAAACACACAGCUACAUGUCACUGUCAUGUAUUACACGUACACGUUUUAACUAACCUGUAUUUUUACCCCCACGUUUUUGGCCACUGGCCUGUCCUAACUUGUAUGUCGGAUUGAUUAAUGACUAUUUUAACUUGUGCUCCCCCCCUCCCCUUGAGCACUUUUCCCCCCCUUUUUAAUUGUUGUGGUGAUUACGUGAUUUAUGCAUUCAUUUUGCCCACUCUUUCUCACAUUUGGUCAGUUGCCCAAUGGUAAAGCCGUGAUUACAGCCAGAGGACUAAUUACAUUUGUUGUAUAAAUUGGUUUAUGUAUUUUGAAUGUCACAAUUAUGCAAAUUCUCAUGUCGCAAAAUAAUGAUUUAAAUUUUUACCCGUAUGUUUUCAGAGAGUUAUGUUGGCAAUGACCAUAUUGCUUUGAGUGUCCUGGUUUGAGUUUUUGGAAAUUGUGAGCAUUCUUUUAGGGGGAGCUAGCAAUAAUCCCCCCCCCCCCCUUACUUGGCCUACAGCUUUAACUCAGAAUUUUUCUGCUGCUGGUCAGCAAGUGAUGACCACAUCAAUGUUCACCAAAAUGUUCUGAAAUUAGAUUUAGUUCUAUUUGUAAACCAGUGACCGUUGAGAGUUGCAAUUCUCACUCCCAUGCAAGUGUUUUUGUAAAUUUUAUCUUCCUGAGUGUAUGUUUUAUUGGUCAUGUGGGACUGAGAGGCUGGUUUAUGCAUUCAUGAAUAAACUUGGAGUUUGGGGUAAUAACUCUUUGCUCAA